ACUUGCAUUCCCGCCGGCACCCGUCACUCUUGAAUUUCUACAUAAUCGUCAUUUUACAGGAGAACACACAGACAAUCAUGCAUGCCGUGACGUCCGCCAAGAAACAAAAGGAAUACAUCGACAAACUUCAGGCAGAAAUUGAUGUCCUGCAGAGGAGGAUAGGUGAGGAUGAGAGCGCCGAGGCUAUCGUAUCAAAACACAUAAACCUGUUGCACCGUUAUAAUGAAGCCAAGGACGCUACUCAGUUAUUGAUAGGAAGGCUCGCCGCUUCGAAGGAAACCACCGUCCGGCAAAUCCAUCACGACAUGGACCUCAUGGAUGACCAGUGACAUCUGCUCCGCCUCUACCCUGCCCUGCAUCUUCAAUAGUCGGCUUUUUUUUUCCUGUUCUGCAUACAUCGUGUUCAGCUGUAUAUUAUGUUUGUAACAAUAUCCAACUGGUCCCAUUUCCAGCCCAUACUCGAGCAAUUCUCCCA